AUGAAAGGCGGCCGACGAGGAAGCGCUGGGGAGGCCGGCGUGGAGGACGGGGGAAAGGCGGGCGCCGAGGGACCGGGAGCCGCGGGGAGGCGGGGCCGGAGCCCGGGGCAGCCCCGGCCCGUGGCCGCUCCGCCCCCACCGCCAGGCCCCCGGGGCGAGCUGCGAGCUCGGCCGGAGCCUCGCCAACUUUUCCGGGCGGAAGAGGAGGAGAAACGGGCUGGGACCGAGUUGUGGGUGGGAGGAUGCCGAGAUAAAUGUGAAAAAGAAAAUACUGAGAGAGAUAUAACUCAUGCCACCAAUAGCUGCUUCACACAUGGAGAGAUGCAGGACCAGUUCAUUUGGGGAAAUUGCUCAGAGGAUGAACUCAUCAGAACCCAACCUCAGCGCUUGCCUCAGCUUCAAACUUCAGCACAAGAACCAAAUGAGGAGGACAUAGACAAGACAAAGAACUGCCACAAAAGUCUGAGCAACGGAAAUGGAAUUCACCAUGGAGCCAAACAUGUGUCUGUGGAUAAUCGAAGACUUUCAGCACCUGUUUCUCAAAAAAUGCAUAGAAAAAUUCAGUCCAGCUUGUCUGUAAAUAGUGAUAUCAAUAAGAAGAGUAAAGUGAAUGCAGUCUUUUCCCAAAAGCCAGGCUCCUCACCUGAAGAUUGCUGUGUCCACUGCAUCCUCGCCUGCUUGUUCUGUGAAUUCCUGACCCUCUGCAACAUCGUCCUGGGACAAGCUUCCUGUGGCAUCUGUACCUCAGAAGCCUGCUGCUGUUGCUGCGGAGAUGAAAUGGGGGAUGACUGCAACUGCCCUUGUGACAUGGACUGUGGCAUCAUGGACGCCUGUUGUGAAUCAUCAGACUGUUUGGAAAUCUGUAUGGAAUGCUGUGGAAUCUGUUUUCCUUCAUAAAUAUUUAUCUUUUGUUUGCGUUAAAACUGGAGAGUGUUUUAAAUUUUCCUUUUAAGGAAGAAAAAAAGCACAUGGUAAGAUUUCAUGAAACAAGCAACCUAGUAUUUGCACUGUUAACUCAUUUUAGUAAUCUCUGAAAGCCUUUUUUCCCCUCUAACCAAAUCUGCUUGGUUUAAUAUGUGAAAUUUUAACUACUUUUAAGCUCUUUAAUAGGAUUCAGUGACUAAGGGACAUUUUGACCAAACCCCCCUCCCCCCAAAAAAAACAACAACAAAAACAAAACUAAAUAUUUCCUCCUUUUCAUACAUAUUUCUUUUUAUUUUAAUCAUUUUCAGAAGGCUUUUGCCCCAAAUGUAUUAUUUCUCCGUGGGUAUUAAAAGCAGACUAAUUUU